CGUUCGCUCAAUCAGUUGGAACUGCAGGCGGAAGAGAGCUCGUCAGAUUCGCGUCCAACGAAUUGGUAGCUAAUUUUACAUUAAACAAUCAAAGCGCAGAAGCAAUAUCACUUGUGACUACACACUGAUAAUUUCUGUUGCAAAAAUGCGGCUCUGCUGUGGAAUGAUUUGUGCGCUUCUUCAGAGCCUUCUUUUCUUGGUCAUCGUUGUCUGCGGUGUGGAUCACUGUCCAAAGUCAGUUCAUCCGUCUACAGGAAGAUGUAAAAUCGACUGUUUGUUGGAUACUCAAUGUGAGAGAUGGCAAUACUGUUGCAAAACCGGCUGUUUGCAAACUUGUGUAAACUACACGACAUGCCAAUUACAAAAAGUCGAGGCAGCGCUGAGGAGACGGGGCUUUUCGCCAGCCUGCAAUCCGGACGGAAGCUUCAGGGAAAUCCAGUGCACAACUACUACACCACUAAAAUGUUGGAAAGUAAAUGCGCAUGGAAAAAAGAUUCAGGAAACCGAUGUCACCAUUAAAUUUUCCUCUCCCUCUCCCUCUGAACGUCGUCAGCAAGGAAAACCUCAAAACGUCCAGCAAUUCCCUAUCCUGGAAGAGGACGAAAUGGACGAAAAUCCCCCCCAAAAGGAAAAAACCCGCUGCCAGCGAAUGCGUGAACGCAGGUUGAAGAAGAGAAAGAGCAACCCAGGAGUUUUUGUACCAAAGUGCAAAUCAAACGGCCAUUUCAGAGUUGCGCAAUGUAAUAGUAAAAGAUGUUGGUGUGUGGACCGACAAGGAAAACAAAUUCCAGGGACAAAACUCAGAGGACGAAAACCGAAUUGUAGAACUGUAACAGCUCCUGGUGAUUGUGGAAAACGUUGGGGUUUGUACAAUCCUCGCUCCCGAAGGAUUGUGGGAGGACAGGAAAGCCUUCCCAACUCCUGGCCGUGGAUGUCUGCGCUGUUCUUCAAUCGCAGCAAGCUUGCCUGCGGAGCAACCAUCAUAAAACCUUCUUGGGUUGUGACCGCUGCACAUUGCUUUAAUGAGCAAACAUCAAAAAAACCUUCAGACUGGGAGGUGCAUAUUGGUGAACAUUCACUUCACAGAGAGGAAGGGAAAGAAAGUAAGCUUGACGUCAAACAAAUACUAAUUCACCCAAACUACGUGCCAAGUAACUCCUCGCACCCCGGGGACAACGAUAUAGGUAAGGCUACUGUCUCUCUUUUCUUGCUAAGGGACGCAUCCAACGAUAGUACUUGCUUUACUUAACGCACGAAUAUGCCUGAUCAAAUGAUGCUAAGGUGAACCCGUUUAUAUGUUGUGCAGACUAUCAUUGUUUAUUUCUUCGGGUCAAUUUUAAGGUUGAAACAUAAACUUAUCACUUAAUUUCCACCUUAAGUUACUUAAAAUGACUAAGCCCGCAAGACGGAAACGUCAGUAGUUGAAAUCUUGAUUAACGUCUCGUCCACAUUGCAUUUUUUGAAGAUUUAUCUGAUUUUACGAUGGGGUCCGUUUUUUUGUUAACUGAUAUUUGCUGUUGCUGCAAACUCGAAUAUGGGAUGGUACAAAAACAAUGCAACCAAUCCACUGCUGUUUCUCGAGAGAAAGUUGCUUAACAGGAGGUCAUCUAGUAGUUGAAGACUCUGGUGCUGUUUCAUGAUAAUUAUGUGCGA